UCCAUCUCCACAACUUCGCAUUCAAGUUCAACACAAUGCUGGCCAGUGGCAGCAGCCUGAGCAAGAGAGUCGAAGAAACGGAUCCCCUUGACAGCCAGCGAGCUUCCCUGCUGCCUCAGUGCGCUGCCCUUGCUGUUGCAACGGUCUUCCUGAGGUCAUGGACAGGCAGGUGAAGAUACGUGUUGCUGCUGCCGUGGCGCUUCUCGUGUGGGCUGGCGCUCUUCAGGUGAACAUGCACUACCUGAAGCAGCAGAAUGCCUUCAAGGAGAAGUUUGGGGACCAGACAAAGGGACAGUAAAGAACAAUGGUAUUACUGCCCUUCCAUCGGUGGAGGAGCUGCUGAGCAGCCAGUGGGGUCAGCAAGCAUGAUAAAGGGCAUCGCGCGCCACCACUGAAGGAGCGUGUUGAACGCAACACCGAUGGACUUCGGCAAGGCGGUUCGCUCAAGCGCUGUGGCACGGGCUCCGGAGCUUGCGAGCUUCCUCCUGCAGGAGAACGUCUGUCCUGGGUGCGUCCUCCGCUUCCUCAAGACCCGCCCCUCGGAUCUGGCAUCCCCUCUGCCCUCAGCCAAGGCUUCCAACGUAAGCCUGCACAGAUCCUCCUCAUUAGAGCCUCCGGCCGGUGAUGACUCUAAUCAAGCAGUCCAGGGAGGUGGGACUGCUGUACCAAACGGUCGAGAGGCGGUGUGCCCUAUGUGCCUGGGCAUACUGCAGAGCUUGGGAGCAGAAUUUUUUGAUGGGGUGGUGGAAGGCACCUUGGCUGGGGGUGGGAAUGAAGGAAGUGCUCAAGCGGCAACCGGACAAUGUGAGGAAAAUUCUAAGCGGGGCAAUGACGGGGCUGAGUGUCUAGGUUCAGGCGGUGCUGUCACGGCAGGCCAGAAGUUAGAGGUGGUGGCAGAAGAGAAGCUGGUCCCAGGGUCCGGCUUAUGCACUGUCAUCAAGGCUGGGGUCCAAAAGUCGGGCCAGCAGUUUGAGGAUUUGGCCUUGGAGCUGGUCUUGCCGCAGCUGGUGCAAGUGCGGCAGCACGCUCUCUGGGCCCAUCUCCAGCAGGCCAUGCCGGAUCUCCCCCUGCUGCGAGGGGGAUGCUCCGAGGCUGUCCUCCCUGUCAAAGACGCCCUCAAGCACGCUCUCUCUACACGGCUGGAACAGACACUGGGGACCAAGCUAGACGCGAGCUCGUCCGUUCGGUGCGCCAUCAGUUUCAGCCACCCCGACAACUCGGCAGAGGUGGCGGCAGCGCUCAGCCCCGCCAAGCAGGUGGCGAGGAAACGGCAAAAAGGCAACUAUGGGUACUGGAAAAGAGGGGGUUCGCCGGGAGAAAACGACGACGCUGCGCGGCCAGAAGAGAGCCUCGCAUCAGUGCAGAAGGCACUCGACGGACUCUCACCCCAGGAGACGAGGAACAGGCUGCCGUGGCCACCAGCAGAGGCGACAGCUCCUUGCACGGUGGACGUGAAAUGCUGGCGCAGCCCCGUCUUUGUCGGGGGCCGUUAUCUCAAGCUGGUACGCGGCCUGAGCCAGAGCCCCUGGCUCGUGGACGAGGAGCGGGUCGGCAAGGAAACCUCCGUCCAGGAGCUCUUAGCGGCGGGUAUCGUCGGGCACUUCAAGGUGGAUGACUACAAGUUCAGCUCGGCAGGGCGGGAGGAUAUCGAUGUGCGGAUGUUGGGCCGGGGCCGGCCUUUCGUCCUCGAGCUGCAAAAUGCGCGCGUACUACCUCCUCCGGCUGCUUACGCUCAAAUGCAAGCAGCCGUCAACUCGAGACCUGACAAAUGGGUAGCGGUACGCGACCUGGCGCUGGUGGACCGCUCGCAGGUGGACCUGCUGCGGGAGGGCGAGGCCGAGAAACAGAAAGAGUACGCGGCCAUUGUGUGGCUGCCUCGCCCCGCGACCCAGGCCGACGUGGACAAGCUGAACGGCAUGCGCGACCUGGUGGUCCAGCAGCGCACGCCCAUUCGGGUGCUGCACCGCCGCAGCCCGCUCAUCCGGCCGCGCACCAUCCACAGCAUGCGAGCCGAGCGGGUGGCCGCCAAGCCGCACUACCUGCUGCUCCACCUCUGCACGCAGGCGGGGACGUACGUCAAGGAGUUUGUGCACGGGGACCUCGGCCGAACGCACCCCAAUGUUGGGUCCAUCCUUGGAUGCGAAGCCGACAUUCUGCAAUUGGACGUGACCAACAUCCGGAUGGACUUUCCGUAGCGGAGCAUCCGCUUCCCUGCUGCAACCCACGACAAGCCAGGCAAGGCGAGCACAAGCUCGCGGCAACAGAUGCGGAGUACAUCAGCUGCUGUAUCAAGCUGGGCUUGUAGAUAGUACCUCUGCAGUACGUCCUCAAGAAAGCGGAUUACUGUGGUUAAGAUUGCUAAUGGACAAUCGAGCUUGUAACAAGCAGGGAGCAGCUCCCACAACCACCUGUAUGCUACCAGGUGAAACGCGUCGUCUCCUUUGCCUAGUCGGCAAUCUCAAUGACAACCAAUAUCGACCAAAAACGUUGCCUGCCGUUGAUGCCUGCGCCUUGAUAAUCCGCAGUGACAAGGUUGUCAAUACGACGUCCCUCCGGAACUAAUGAGCGGCAUGCGCGCGUAACAUUGACAAGCAGGCAUGUUAGAGUCCGCCGCCUGCUUAGUCUGCUAAAGUCAAACUGAAACAUCCGUUCUUUCAAGCCUGAGUUGUCGGAGGUAGGUUACUCAGUCACUCAGGGUACUGCCCGGCAAUCCGCCCAUGUGGUCAUGCACGUUGCACUCGCCCUCGAUUCUGAG